ACCAUCUCUGCUGUAAUUCCAUGACCUCUGUUCUUGAUCUGGGUGAGGAUGAAAAAAAACUCUGACCCCUCAGCCCGUACAGAUACACAGUAUGACAACAGCUGUGUGCUGUAACUUCUCUGGGCUUUGAACACAGACAUUGUGUCAGUACUGACCCCCCAGUUUCCAUUAGUGUUUACUCCGGAGCCGUGUUUUUCUUUAAUCUGGGCGGAGAACAAAUCAAAGCUGAUGUUGUGUCCAGGUGGCUGCGGUCAGAGACGGCAUGUGCACCAUCAUCCCCGUGCCCCUCCUCUCCCUGCUGACGGCACAGCAGCUGGAACAGCUGGUCUGUGGUCUGCCCGAGGUCUCUGUUGAGAUGCUGAAGAAGCUGGUGCGUUACCGUGACAUCACAGAGAGCCAUCAGCUGAUUGGCUGGUUGUGGCAGAGCCUGGAGGAGUUCACCAAUGAGGAGCGGGUGCUCUUUCUCCGCUUCGUCUCCGGCAGGUCCAGGUUGCCUACCAACCCUGCUGACAUCACACAGAAGUUUCAGAUCAUCAAGGUGGACAGGCCUGUGAACGGCCUGCCUACUGCUCAGACCUGCUUCUUCCUCCUCCGCCUCCCCCCCUACAGCAGUCAGGCCAUUCUGGCCGAACGACUGCGUUACUCCAUCCACAACUGCCCCUCCAUCGACAUGGACAACUACAUGCUGACUCACAACACGGAGCCAGCGGACAGCUCCGACACCGAGGACUGAAGCGGGAGGCCGCGGUUCGACGACUUAGUA